UUCGCUUGGGGGUUGACGUUUUGCGUUGGUGUCCCGUAUUUUUGCCCCGCGCUUUAAUUCAUUUUCAUCAGCAAAAUCGUGAAAGUGCGCGGCAUAAAGUCCUCGUCGUCGUUGUCGCCCGUGCGCUGAAGCUGGCUGUGAACGGUUGCCUGGCAAGCGUUCUAUCACAGCACGCUUUGUCCCGCGGUGUCUCCGCGCUCGUUGUGUGCACUUUGAAGCAGUUUGCGUUCACCCGUGGAGGACUGCCCGAGGGUGUGCGCCGAAUCGCCGUCGGAAUGUCCGAGGAGCGACCACCAGCAGCGCAGCCACUACCAGCAGCAGUAGCAGCAGCAGAACACCAAACGCCACCCAUCGCGGGGCCGCCAAUGGAUGGCGCCGAUGUGCUGCACGAAGAGGCAGCAGCAGCAGCCCCCUCGGUGGUGGGUCCAAUGCCUCUGGCGUUGACAGAACCCGCAUCGGAUCCGACCAUCACAGCGAUUGGCCCGCCCAUCAACGGAGCGCCCGUGGGGCCAGAGUUUCCACACUUUGACGACAGCGAAGAAGAGGACGACGACGAUGCGUAUCGUCCCGAGUCGAUUUGCAUCGAACGCAUCCGACAGUACAUUUCCGACAAGCUGGGUUUCUACUCGUCCAAUGGGCUCGACGAUAAGGAUGGUACCGGAGGGGCUAACCUAGGACGUCGCGUCCUUGAGACGGUCGACGUCGAAGGUGUGAUCAAGCACUGGAAGAAUGGUGGUUUCAAAAAAAUCGUCACCAUGGUCGGUGCGGGCAUCUCGACUUCUGCCGGAAUACCCGACUUCCGUUCGCCGGACACCGGGCUGUACAACAAUCUGAUGAAGUACAACCUACCGUACCCGCAGGCGAUCUUUGAGCUCGAGUAUCUGUACCAGAAUCCGAAACCGUUCUUUACGCUCGCCAAAGAACUGUACCCGGGCACGUUCAAGCCGACACCGUCACACUACUUCGUGCGGCUGCUCGAGAAGAAGGGUCUGCUGGUGCGUCACUACACGCAGAACAUAGAUACGCUCGAGCGGAUUGCGGGCAUAGACGCGGAAAAGAUUGUCGAAGCACACGGCACAUUCUACACCAACCACUGUCUGCAGUGCAAGACGACCUACAGUUUGGAGUUCGUCAAAGAGAAAAUCUUUGCCGACGAGGUUCCAACAUGCCCGUGCGGCGGUGUCAUCAAGCCGGACAUUGUGUUCUUCGGCGAGGGGCUCCCGGAACGGUUUCACAUGUUGCCCCACCGCGACUUUGCCGAGUGCGAUCUGCUCAUCAUCAUGGGCACCUCGUUGACGGUGCAACCGUUCGCGUCGCUCGUCGAGUACGUCAACGAUGACUGCGUGCGGUUGCUGAUCAAUCGCGACAAAGUAGGCGGCGGCAGUUUCGGCUUCUUCCGCUCGAUGAUGUUCGGCGAGGGCCUGUGCUUCGAUCUGCCCGGCAAUCGGCGGGAUGUCGCCUGGACCGGUGACUGCGACGAUGGGUGCCUCUUUGUGGCCGAACAGCUCGGUUGGGGUGACGAACUACGGGAGCUCGUGGAAACGGAGCACGCCAAGAUUGUGUCGAUUCGACCGACACCACCGUUACCACCGCCACCGACGGUGGCAGCCACCGUCGUCGUCGGCGGAGAAGGACCGGUUCUGCCCAGUGUUAGCACCCUGCAUCUUACGGCGCCCGCUGACGAUGGUUGCGUACAUUUGCCGUCGGAAGAUGAGCACUUUAACGACGUCCCGCAUGGUCCCGAUGGUGGAAGUGCCGAAAGUGUGCAAGCAAUGGCUACCGAUCCUCACCACGACACCGACGACCAUCAUGAUCAUAACCUCCAUCAGCAUCAUCAUCAUCAUGAGCACCAUCAUCAUGAUCAGCAGCAGCAACAACGAGAUCUCCUUCAUCAGCAGCACGAACAGCACGACGAAAUGGACGAUCAGCACUCGAAGCGAUCGCCCUCGGGGGACAAAACUUAACUUAUUCCGCUCCAAAUUGUCCUCCGCACACACGUUUUAACUUCUUCUACAUCUUCUUAUCCUUCUCUUCCAUUUCUCUCCCCCGACAAACGGAAGGAGGAAUUAACAAUUUUGCUAAUUUAAGUGACACACCACUAUUGAGCAACAGCCGCCGUAGCCCGUACUCUUCUUAAUCCAAUUCAUUUGUAGGAGUAUCAGCAGAAAGUGAGAGAUUGGCGGACCGUGAAUAGAGAAAAGAUUUUUAUUAAAAGACGCGAAGAAGAAGUGUGGGUACUUGAGGUUACUCGUUCUUUUCCGAGGGCGUCAAAUGCUUGCUGUGACAGUGCGCGGAACCAGCGUAAACGCAACAAAAUGCAAUCUUACUGCAGUUUGAAUUCAACUUUCAGCACCCCGGGAGAUUGCUUUUACUUAAGAAUUGAGCCCGGCCACUGACGAGCCGCGGAACAAACCAAGAAG